CCUGGGCUGCUCCGUAUCUAGCCAUAAUGGCAGCCGCGGGUGCUUUUCCAGUCCUCACGAAGCAAAGCGGUGUGUGUAAACUCAAGGACCUUUGCUAGAGCCUGAUGGCCUUUGGGCUCGGAGGCAGCAGUGGUGCCGUCCCUCUCCCCUCGCUUCCCUGCCCGGGAGUUGUCCACAGAGGCGGGGGGACCGGUCUGGGGCACGCCAACUCGCUGCCCGCUCCGAGCCCUGGCCGCGUCCUGCAGUGCCCUCAGCCUGUGCCCUGGACAGGUCCGGCAUACACGGCCCCGUCUGUUCGACAAUGCAAGAGUCACGGUUAGCUGGAGAACAGCGCUGCCGGCUGCCCAGACUCACGGGCUCCAAGCCACGUCGCCUCGGGUGGCGCUGAGCUGAGCACGCUGCGCUGGGCCGGGCCGGGCCCGGCCGCUUUGCUGGGCUUCCCCGCCGAGUGGCUGUUUGCAUGCUGGGGGUGGCGGCCCCUGCAGGCCGUGCCGGGGCGGACAGCCGAAGCCUCGGCAGCCGUCGCCAGAGCACGGCGGUGUCAGUGCCACGGUGUCCGCCGGGGACCGAGAGGCAGAGUCGGCGGCCGUCCGCCCGUCCGAUCCCUGCGGCCAGGACGCCGCAUGCAGCCCUCACCCUGGAGCGGCGGCGGCGGAUCGAGGAGCUCUCGCGGUCCUCCCGGCAGCGGCUGCUCCAGUCGCGGGACAGGAUGUUCUCCAAGUUCACCUCCAUCCUGCAGCACGCCGUGGAGGCGCUUGCACCUUCCCUUCCAUUACAAGAAGAUUUUGUUUACCAUUGGAAGGCAAUCACCCAUUACUACAUAGAGACAUCAGAUGACAAAGCUCCUGUGACUGAUACCAACAUUCCUUCUCACCUGGAACAGAUGUUGGAUAUUCUGGUUCAAGAGGAAAAUGAGAGGGAGUCGGGUGAAACAGGACCAUGUAUGGAAUAUUUGCUGCAUCACAAGAUUUUGGAGACCCUCUACACACUAGGAAAAGCUGAUUGUCCUCCAGGAAUGAAACAACAAGUUUUGGCUUUUUAUACAAAACUUCUUGGAAGAAUAAGACAACCUCUUCUUCCCCACAUAAACGUGCAUAGGCCUGUGCAGAAAUUAAUCAGGCUAUGUGGUGAAGUUUUGGCAACUCCAACGGAAAAUGAAGAAAUUCAGUUUCUCUGUAUAGUGUGUGCAAAGCUGAAGCAGGACCCAUACCUGGUCAACUUCUUUCUUGAGAAUAAGUUAAAAGCAAUGACUUCUAAGGGAUCAGCGAGUGUAAUCACAGAAGACAUGCUGAAAGGCCAAGACUCUCUGACAGCAGACACGGGACAGCCUCUUCAGCCUGAAGAAAUACCUGGUGCUGCUGGAGCAGAGCAAAUGGAGAAGGAUGAUGACCUCCUGCAGCAGGGAGAUGAUCUCUCUUUCAGUCUGGAUGAGUUAAAUGUCACAUCAUCAUCCGAGUCCUCCACUAGUUGUCCAAAUCAAGACUACAAUUUAGUGAAUUCUCUACUAAACCUCACCAAAAGUCCUGAUGGCCGGAUAGCAGUGAAGGCCUGUGAAGGCCUCAUGCUUUUGGUGAGUUUGCCAGAACCAGCAGCUGCCAAGUGCCUGACUCAAAGCACUUGUUUAUGUGAACUGUUGACAGACAGGCUGGCCACCCUCUACAAAGCCCUGCCUCAGUCACUGGAUCCCUUAGACAUUGAAACGGUGGAGGCAAUUAACUGGGGUUUGGAUUCCUAUAGCCACAAAGAGGAUGCAUCUGCUUUUCCAGGGAAAAGAGCGUUGAUUUCAUUUCUUUCAUGGUUUGACUACUGCGAUCAACUCAUCAAAGAAGCACAAAAGACUACUGCUGUUGCUAUGGCAAAAGCUGUGCGGGAACGAUUUUUCAUUGAUGUUAUGGAACCCCAGCUGAUGCAAACUUCAGAGAUUGGAAUCCUCACAUCAACUGCACUAUUACAUCGCGUUGUUCGACAAGUGACUUCAGAUGUCUUGCUGCAGGAAGUAGUUUAUUUUAUACUUGGAGAACACAGGGAGCCAGAAACUUUGACAGACAUCAACAGACAUCCAUUGCGGCAUAGGCUAAUUGAACACUGUGAUCAUAUUUCUGAUGAGAUCAGCAUAAUGACUUUACGGAUGUUUGAGCACCUUUUGCAGAAACCCAAUGAGCACAUUCUUUAUAAUUUGGUUCUGAGAAAUUUAGAAGAAAGAAACUAUAUGGAAUAUAGGCCUCUCUGUCCAGAAGAUAAAGAUGUGGUAGAGAAUGGACAGAUUGCAGGAGCAGUAGACCUAGAAGAAGAUCCAUUAUUUACCGAUCUGUCUCCAGAUAACACAUUGUCAGCUCAAGAGUGGCUCAGUGCUUCCCCACCUGUCAGCCCAGAACAUCCAAAGAAUGAUGGGAAGACUGAAGUUCACAAAAUUGUAAAUAGUUUUCUCUGUCUUGUACCCGAUGAAGCUAAGUCAUCGUAUCAUGUGGAGGGUACAGGGUAUGACACUUACCUCAGAGAUGCCCACAGACAAUUCCGGGAUUAUUGUGUCAUCUGCUUACGGUGGGAGUGGCCUGGGUCUCCCAGAUCUAUAGAAAAGUGCAAUUUAGAAGCAUCAUUUUUUGAAGGACACUUCUUGAAAGUCUUAUUUGAAAGAAUGGGCAGGAUUCUUGAUCAGCCCUAUGAUGUAAAUUUGCAAGUUACGUCAGUGUUGUCCAAACUGUCCUUAUUUCCCCAUCCUCACAUACACGAAUACCUUUUGGAUCCUUAUGUAAACCUAGCUUCUGGCUGCAGGUCUCUCUUCUCUGUUAUUGUCAGGGUUGUUGGGGACCUCAUGGUUAGAAUUCAGCGCAUCCCAGAUUUCACUCCCAAACUUCUGCUGGUCAGAAAACGCCUGCUGGGCUUGGAGCCAGAAGGGCCUAUCAUUGACCACAUGACGUUACUAGAGGGCGUGAUUGUGCUGGAAGAGUUCUGCAAAGAGCUGGCAGCAAUCGCGUUUGUGAAGUAUCAUGCCUCAUCUACACCAUAAGCAGCCUUCCUGAGCAGGCAGGUUGUAAAGCUACCUAGCUUGUUUCAGUCAGAAAGACUUUUGGCAGCAACCAGAUAAGAAGAGGUGGCGCCUCCUGGAAGAAUCAGCUGACAUCUGGCAGAAUUGGAAGGCAAAUAACUUUCAGCAGAUGUUGAUACUGCAUGAGAAAGGGGAUUCAAAUGGACCUAGAAGAUGACAGCAUUUCUAGCCACUGUGAGCAGAGCUGCAAAAGCUGCAUGAAGAACCACAGACAUCAGACCUUGGUUAUUCUGUUAUAAUGACAAUGUUCAGAGUUGGGUAUUCUGUAUGUCCUGAGGCUCACACACACCAAUUCUGCUUUUUUGUGACCAUAUUACUUUAAAAAGGCAAAUUAAUUUUGUAACGUUUUUAUGUCUUAAUUAUUUUUUCUUUUCAGUUGGAUAUAUGAAAGGAAAUUGCAACUAAAAUCGAAGAGGUUAAAAAAAACCUCACUGAUCCAUAUAGGGUGGGAUUGUUUCUGUUUGGGUGAAUCUUAGACUACUCUGAGCUUGAUUCCCCAGUGGAUUACUCUAGGAGAUAUAUCAGUAUAAAAUCAAUACUAAUGGAAUUAAUCCUGAUUUGGCAUCACAUCCCCAACAAAUAUAUCUGAAAUGUACAUGCUUCUAGCACAUUUGUCUCUGUCAUUCCAAGUGACUGCUUGUCAGGUCACCUGUGUAACUAGAUUUGCUUUAAGUUUUGGCUUGUGAACUCUAGGUGCUUGACUCAUGUCACCUGUACAGGGAAGUUAAUUACAGGUCAUCAUUAGUAGCUGUUGCUGAAACAGUAUUUUUAAUUUCUUUUAAAUUGUUAUUUACCCUGAAUUGGUUUAAAAAUCUGUUGUGCCUUGACAAUUAACAGCAUAAAUGUUCUGUCAGUUUUAGAAACGUUUUUGUUGCUUGUCUGCCCAUUGCAGCAAUGCCCAGUGAAAGACUGAUUGAUGCUGAUUCAGUUACAGCAUUGAUACCACGUACAGGACCAAAAUUUGCACCUGCUUUUGGUAGUGCUGUGAUGCACAAGUAUGUCUCACUGAACCUUUUUCAAUAUGAGUGCUAUCAGCCAGGGCAGGCAUUUGCACUGCAAGCAGAGGGCCAUUUGUACUUCAGCAGGCUUUGAUUCUGCUUCUCUAAUAUGAUAGCAGCCAGCACUUCAGACACGUCUUGCUGCUCAUUGCCACAUACUCACCAUCAGGUCCAGGCAGCCUUCAGGACACACUGAGUAACUGGGAGGAUGGACCUGUCCUGCUAGUGUCUAGCCAGUCAGGUGUGCAGCACCCCUUUCGCCACUAUGAACCUAACAGCAUAGGCCAGCAAGGUAGAGUUGAGCUCCUUGUAUUUACAUUUUAUUUCUUUAUUUGUCUUUCCUCCUGUCCUAUUUGCACAGCUAAUGCCCAUUUCAGAUGUGAUUGCUCCUCUGCAAAUACAGACUAAUUUACUUAGUCAUUAGAAUUAUUCUGGAUGUAUAUGACUGUACCAAGAAUCAGAUUCUGCUCUGAAUCCAUGCCUUUGAGGUCUUGGUUUUUAAUAUUUAUGGAGUCUGGAUGUUGAAAAACCUUUUGAGUUAGCAGGUUAAUUAGAACAGUGUCACAGUUAAUGGGCUAAAUUUAUUCUUGUCACAACAGUGGAGAGAGUCCUGCUGUAAAAGCUUCCAGUAUAGUUUCAGUUGGAGAGAGCAUUUCUGGAACUGAGGAAAAUGUUUUGGCAGGUAUAACUCCCUUUAAUGGGAGGAUUUUGUCCAAAACAUUGCAUUUACCUCUUUUGUUUUAGCAACAAAAGAGCAUGUUUUACUUCUUCGCUGUUCUUUUCUUUAGCCCAAAUGUGUUUUCAGGUCAAAGUAGUGUAGUAGGGUAAAGUAUAAAAAGAAAAUACAGGGGUUUAAAAUUUUUGGUCUUUAGAAACAUACCUUGAAAGUGGCGCAAGUAUUGCAGUCACUCCACAUUAGAAGCUUUGUUAACAUAACACACCUGACCAUGGUUUAGGAGGUAUCUAUGCAAAGUGAUGUUUAAUACAUAUACUUGUUACAAAUCAAGUCUCAGUUCAGCAAAGCAUUUCAAUGUAAGCUUAAUUUCAAGAACUCCUAAGUCACAAUCUUUCAGGUGAACAAAGUGAAGCUGUUGAGCACAAACUGAUGCUUUACUGAAUCUUGGUCUUUGCUUGUUAUGCUUGAGCUUAGUCACUUUUUUUUUUUCAGGUUUCCUAUUUUCCUUAUUUAUUUUGUUUUAAAGGUUAUGUUCCAGAAUUCUUCUAAUGUCCCAAUUCCAGUGGAAACUGGAAGUGAAAAUGCUACUCUAAAUGAAAAUGAGAAAAAUGUUGAACAAAACUGGUCAAGAGCAUUCCAAGCAACACCCCAAUUUAUAAAGCCUGAUCUCAAGGGAGAGCAUUAACAUCACCUCUGUUGUUGUUUCCACUGACACCUGAGCUCAUUGUGUCAGCCAGCUUCUGGAAGGACUGCUGCAACCUCUGUGGCACCUUAAUGUAAACCAGUCUCCCCAGUUACAAACAGUUCCUUCCAGCUUGUCCAUGAGAAAAAUAAGUAGCUAUAACCAGAAGAACUCUUAAUUUCAGGAUAACACUGGUGAUGUUCUUGCAAACUCCAAUGUUCUUUAGUUGAUAAAUUUACUACCAGUUGUGGAUUCAUCCUGAUAGAAUUGAAGCAAUUCUUAAAGUUGUUUUAAUCUAAACUGCUUUAUUACAUGAUGGCAAUGACUUUUAUUUUUGUAAAAGUGAUUUAAUCUUUCUUUAAGAGAUGGAAGUCAUUUAAUUAUAUUUUUCAUGCACUUUUUUUUUUGUUUAAGAAAAAAAGUUUAGAAGUAAGUUCAGGUCCAUGUUUUCACCUUUCUGAUAUAGGCAUGUCAUUGAGGUGCUUGUUUUGUUUCUGUGUGCGUGUGUUUGUACGUGGUUAUUUAUUACCCAGAGAUGGACACCUGAGAAAAUACAUGGCCUGAAGUUCCCAGCAUAUGCAGAUCCUCCAGGUGUCAGUGGGAAGUGCAAGUAGAAAAUAUGGCCACUAGGAUUAGAUUGAAAUACUUGAGAGGUAAUACUAGAGUAAUUUUUUAUUUCAGAAAGCAGAUCCAAACCCCAUUUUAAUCCUGAUGCACAUGUUUGUAAAUAGACACAUUUUUUACCUUCUUUUUUUUUCCAUUUCUAGUUUGUAUUUGAUUUAGAAUCUGAGGUAGAAAAUUUUGUGAUAAGCCAUGUGCUAGCUCUGGUAGAAGCAGUUUGUCCUUAGUUUCUCAUAUGACUGUGAUAUUCCUGCCCUUCAGAUCCUGUCUGUGUAAUGUUCUUAUGUAUUUGUGCAAUACAAAAGCUGUGGUUUGAUACACGGCUUGAGUCUGGUUGUAUGACACCUUUGUAUAUAUAUACAUAUAUAUAUAUGUAAGGACCAGAAUCCCAAGCUUGCUUACACUAUGAUUAGUGUAAAAAUUUUCACACUCAAUUUUACAGGGCACAAGUAAUAAUGGACUGUCUUUGUGAAGUGCAUGGUAAUUUCUGCCAUAACCUGCUGUGAAGUUUCACAGGUGACAUUUUAAUUAGUGCUAUUUGUCUUGCUAAAAGAAGUACUAAACCAAAGUGCUAGGAUGAUGCUGUAGACUUGGGGGGCUACAUGGAAAAAUCCAUACUUGAUACUGCAUAUCAUACAGGGUUUUCAAACCCUGAUCCUUAAUGCUUUCUGUGCCCUGUAAAAUAGUGUAACUCUAUAAAAAAGAUAUACUCCUUGUUUUGCCUCCUGCCUUGUUUACAUUAAACAGAGGAUAUUCAGUAAAACUUUUCUAUUAAACUUUGUGUAGGUCACUUACUGACAGUGUUGCCAAGGUUUCACAAGUGUGGGAUUUCUAAUGAGGGAUUGUGAAGCAGCCACAUUACCAGACAUACAAUAUCAAGUUUUAUGAAGGAGGUUGUGAUAAAUUCCAACUUUUUUUGUGCUAAAAAAAAAUGCAUGGAGGAUUAAAAAGGGAUAUUCUCAAAUAAAUUAAUUUCAUCAAA